AUGUCGGUGCACUACAAAUUUAAAAGUACACUCAACUUUGAUACAAUCACAUUCGACGGACUGCACAUUUCCGUGGCCGACUUGAAGCGAGAGAUUGUGCAGCAAAAGCGACUGGGUAAAAUAAUCGACUUUGAUCUUCAGAUCACAAAUGCGCAAAGCAAAGAAGAAUACAAGGAUGAUGGAGUUCUUAUACAAAACACCACCCUGAUUAUUUCGAGAAUUCCCAUCGCACAUCCCGCCAAGAAGGGCUGGGAGCCACCGGCAGCAGCUGACAAUGCCUUUGCAGCUGCCACAAGCAAGCAGGAGGCCUUCAACAUGGAUCUGUCCAAGAUGCAAGGCAGCGAGGAGGACAAGAUCCAGGCAAUGAUGAUGCAAAGUACGGUGGACUAUGACCCAAAGACGUACCAUCGCAUCAAGGGUCAGUCGCAAGUUGGAGAAGUUCCUGCAUCGUAUCGGUGUAACAAAUGCAAGAAGAGCGGGCACUGGAUAAAAAACUGUCCUUUUAUAUUGGGAAAGGAUCAAGUGGAGGUUAAAAGAAACACCGGCAUACCGAGAUCGUUUAGGGACAAACAGGAUGCAGCAGAAAGUGAAACUUUAAAUUUUGUGUUGCCGGCAGAGCAAAAUCAGGAGAUACCCGAGGAUCUGAUAUGCGGCAUAUGCCGUGACAUUUUCGUUGAUGCCGUCAUGAUACCCUGCUGCGGAAGUUCCUUUUGCGACGACUGUGUGCGCACUUCGCUUCUUGAAUCCGAGGACAGCGAGUGCCCGGACUGCAAGGAGAAGAACUGCUCUCCUGGCUCCUUGAUUCCCAAUCGAUUUCUCAGAAAUUCGGUAAAUGCCUUUAAAAACGAAACAGGCUACAAAAUAAGUGCGGUUAAGUCUGUUAAAUAUGAAGAAAAGCCAGCUGUUGAAAAGAAGGAAGUUGAGGAAAAAGCACCAUUAAGGGAGGAGGAAAUCGCGCCUGAAAAGCCCGAAAAAACUGAAGAGCAAAAGGAGGAAACCGAAACCAACGGCAAGAAAGCACCAAAAUCGGAAUCUCCAGAGCCGCCUCAAACUGUCGAGUCGUCGUCGUCAUCGUCAGCGGCGGUGGUACAAAAAGAUAAAGAUAAAUAUGACUCGGAUUAUGAAGACAAUAUAACUAUAACAAUGCCUCAGGCGGCUGCUGCCUCCGAAUCAACGGCAAUCUCAACAAGAAAGUCGUCGCCGGGAUAUUCCCAUAGGACUAAUGAAUCAUCUUCGCACCGUCGCGAAUCGGAUCGGAAAUCCGACUACGAGCAUAGACACCACCGUCCAUCGUCUAGAUCAGAGCGAGAGCGGGAACGUGACCGAGACCGGGACCGGGAGCCGGUCAAGGGCGAAAGAAGCCUUUUGCCGACGCCCAUUGGAACGCUGCCCAGCUAUCAGGGGCAUAUGAUGGGCAGCGAGUCCGAGGAUGCUCGCCGAUCGAGCGCAUAUAAGCCGCCAUAUAUGCAAAUGCAGCGGGGUCCGCCGGUGCCCAUGCACAUGAUGCCAAUGCAUAUUCCAAACUACAAUAAUGGGUACAGCAACAUGGGACAGAGGCCGCCCCUAAGCUACGUGCCGUAUCAGAACCAGCCUCCCGUGCACCCAAUGCGUACUCCGUACGGCUCCUCAGGCGGAAGCAUGAAUAUGAACAUGUCAUCACAGCCAUUUCAGUCCCCCAAUUUAGCAUCGAUUUACCAAGGUGUGGCAGCCAAGGUCGGCUCUGGACUAAUUGACGAUCCUUUGGAGGCCUUCAAUCGCAUUAUGAAGGAAAAGGAGAGGAAGAAGGUGGAUAGAUUUCGGAGCACUGAUCAUCAUCAUAGAUCGAGGUCACCGGACAGGCAGAGGCAUCGUUUUAAAUCGCCGGCGUACGAAAAGGAUUCGCCCAGGGAUAAUCACAAGGACAAGAGACCUCGGUCGCGGGAGAGAAAGCGGGAAUAUAGCUAUGAACGAAAUACGCGGCAUCCACGCUCAAGUCGCCAGCCCCUAGAUGGCUCCAAGUCACCAGGUGGUCGCAUUAUUAGGCCUGGGCACCGCCGCUCGUCGUCGCCAAAACAGGCAUAUAAACCGGAUUAUAGGGAGAAACCAUACAGUACGCCGUUUGCGGCGAAGCCAGUGGAUGUAGUGGAGCCACCUCCGCCCGGGUUCGAGUCUCUACAAUUGACGAACGAUGAGGAUGGCUACAAUAGGAACAAACACGUGCCUCCUGGCACCGAGACUGUGCACGGCGGAAAGGAGCACCAAAGCAGGAGCAACAAGAGAAGUGAGGAGAGGGUCAGACACGAAGAUGAGAUGCCACGUAAGAGACAUCGGUCACGCAGCCAGAGCAAGGAUCAGCCGAGACCGAAUGAACGUGGCAACAGCUACAAAAGCCUGACGCCACCGGUCAAGAUCACAACCCCAAAAAUUAUGGCUACCGCUGCACAGUUGCGUGAGCGCGAUUAUUCUCCGAAAACGCCAGAACGAAGAAUUCACGCUGAUGAGAACUUGCCUGCGAAGGUGAAGGCGCCAGAUACUGAGGACGUGGAAAUGGAACAGCAGACUUUGGGUAAGGAAAAUAAGGCCAAGAGUCCCCCCCAGCAGUCGUCCAAGGAGCGAAAGAAGAAGAAGAAGGACAAGGCGGAACGCAAGAAGAGCAAGAAGGAUAAGAGAGCCGCCAAGAAGGAAAAGCUGGAGCAGCGGCAGAAGAAGAGUUCCUCGCUGAAUCGAUCCGAUUCCGAAAUUAAUAACAGCCUUUUGCUGAACAACGAGACAGACUAUAAGAUGGUGUCCACCUCUCCCUUGGCCGGUCCAACCUUUGAAAUCGAAGUGGAUUCCGCCCGUAGCGCUCCCGAAAACCUUAAUUCCGAUAAGAGUCAUGCCUACAUUGACAUUGACGCCUGCAAGAAGGACGAAAAAGAAGGACGCAGUGAGUCUGUCAGUGUAUCCAAGUGGGAACUUGACGAAUCCAAUUUAAACUUAGAGUUCGAUUCUGCCGCCAAGAAGUCUGCUGCUAAUCCGGACGACGACCACUCUGAGAUAACCUCGGACGUCCUCCGCAAGGCGGAGAAUGCAAUCUUUGCCAAGGCCAUAAACGCCAUUAGACCCGUUGAGUUUCAAGUGAUCAUUAACUCCAAGGGCAGCAGCAAGGACCGUUCUGUGGCUAUCAGGAAUGAUAAGGAGCGAUCACCCACGCCGCCGAAGCGCAACAGUAACAGCAGCAGCAAGUCUGUGAAGGAAAGACUGGGCAAUAAAGUUCUGAGAAGUCCAACGCCAGACAGGUCCAAGUCCAGGCGACGGAAUGAGGCAGCGCCGGCAGGAAAGAUCUCCGAUGAGGGCAGAUCUGGUCGCCACGACAGCCGACGAAGGGAGAACAAAUCAAGGGAAAGGGAUAGGGACCGGCCAGUGCAGGGCAGGCGGCAUUCGCCGACAAAUGAUAGACACCGGCGGCGUUCACCCGAGAAUAAUAAGGACAGACGGCAGUAUAAUAAAGAUCGUUCCGACACUAAACUCGCCAAACAUGAUCAAAUCAAUAGUAGCGAUAACCAGGACCGAAGGGGGUCCGGCCCCAGGAACACCAACUCCAAGCCAAACGAGUGUCGAAUGGUCUCGUCAGUGGCAGCCGUGAAGACAUGUCGCCCAGACAAUCCAUUUAGGAAAUUCGUCGAGAGCAGCUCGACGAGCAGUCUAGUUGUAAAAUAUGAUAACACGAUACAAAAGGGUGGCGGCGGAGGAGCCUCCGAUGACAGCAUUGAUCAGAGAAAGCAAAAGGAGAAGAAGCAAAAGAAGAACACGAAAUAUUCGUCAACGGAAUCGCUGCGUGGCGACAGAGGGCGCAGGGAUCUGAAGAGCAAAAAAAAGAGCAAGGUUUUGAAAAAGAAGAAAAAAUCAAGGAAGUAG